UACGUCAUCAUACGUCACAUGUACCAUGGCGACGGGGACGCUGAGAGGUUUCAUGUGGAGAUUCUACUUCAUUUUUCUGUUGAAAUUGAAAACUAUUUCUUGCCAGCAGUUCUCCAUCUCUUUUCAGCAGCCUUCAGAUUGUGGAGUGCAAAGCUAUUUUGAUGUUUCGAGCUUGUCUUGUGUGAAAUGCGGGCCGAAUCAAAUCAGCAGCAAAUCAGGGCUGGCAUGUGAGUGCCAGACUGGUUUCAGGGUGCUGGUCAGUAAUGGGGCAUCCAUCACAUGCCAGCAGUGCCCUGAUUCUAAUCAGGGGGUCACUCAUGAUGGGUAUGGGUGCAUCCGUUGUCCAGGAAGUGUGGGUGAGAAUGGAAAGUGUCAAUGUCCUAAGGGUAGUGUGCUAGUGGAGAGAGAUGGGAAUGGGAAUCCAUUAAAUGAAGCCCUGUGUGAAGAAUGCAGUGGAAUAGAGCCUGCUUUCUCAGCCCCAGAUACAACAGGCAAAAGGUGUGUGAGAUGUGAGGACUCUUUCAUCAACUCAUCUCAGUCUUGUGUGUGUGGGACCUUAAAUAUACUGGCAGGAGGAAUGUGCUUCCCUCCUAACAAUCUGCCUACCUCAGUUGCCUCCAAUGUCAUAUUUGCCCAGUUGGCCACCCCUGUUCCAUCAGUGUGGUUUUCAAGCUUUUUGUACUCUUCAGCAGCUGCCUGUUUGCUGUUCUCUAACCGGACAGCAUGUCAGGCUCUGGGGAACAUUUGUGUGAUGAACAUGCACUCAUCCAGCACAAUCACAAAUGAUGCAUGUGGCCUCUACAACACAAUCUACAGAGCAACAGCUGCUCAGGGCAGUAGCCAGGACAUCACUUUCUGGAGGUCAAACUUGCCUUGGCUGUAUUAUGGGGAGCAGCCUGGGUUAGCAUCACAGGCUCUACAGACCGAGCCACUUCCUGUUGGAUUCAGCUUUAAAGGUGCACAAAAGAACACUAACAUUGCGCUGCUAGCUGCUGCAUACUCUGUGCGUGGGGAGUUUCUGAGGUGGGAGAGCAUCGGUGGAGGAAACCUGCAGCUUUGUCCAGACAUCCCUACCAGACAACAGUCUGCCUUCACAUUUGGGACAGCUUACAAGCAGAGCUGUUUGCUCUCUGUAUCAGAGCUCCUGAUUGGUUAUCCAGAGCCUGUAUUCUACGACGUGUUCCUGGUUAUUCAAAAGGCCCUGGAGGACAAGCGUCUUCUAGCAGUACCACUACUAAAUUUCAACCAACAGUACAAUGGCCAGUUUAUAAACAAAGGAUCUAACAUAAAUAACUGGUACCUUACCCGGAGGCUGAUGCUUGUGGACACGCUGAGUGGAAGGGAAAAUUCGUUGAGUUCUGUACCCAGAGUCAUACGUGUUGCCUCUAACAUUAAGAUUGCGUUUCGGCUGGUGCCAAAUACACAGAAAGGACAGGUGUAUCCUCCUCUGAUGACUGUGGCCUACUCCGAUAUACCCAUCACUGACCCCAAUACACAGACUGUUACUGUGUCAUUCUCUCUGGAGUAUACAAUGGACCAGAAUGAGGCUCUGAUCAAAACUGAUAUUGCUCUUGGUGUGUUGGGUGGAGUGGCUGUUGUCCACUCUUUAUUAAAGACAGCAAGCUGGAAAAGAAGAAUCGCAUCUCCUCUCAUUGACCUGCAGACCAUUAUGAAGUUUCUGGUGUUCUAUGCUGGUGAUCUGGCAAAUGUUUUCUUUAUUAUCACUGUGGGAACAGGACUCUACUGGCUCAUAUUCUUCAAGGCCCAGCAAUUUGUGUCUGUGUUGCUGCCAUUACCAGCUCAGGAGGAGCGUUUUGUUAUUUAUGUUGGCUGUGCCUUUGCAUUGAAGACUUUGCAGUUUCUACAUAAGCUCUUUGUGCAGCUGUCAGUGGAUAUUUUCUUUAUAGACUGGGAAAGACCUCGUGGGAAAGCCAUUAAACCUGUGGAGGGGUCUGGUGAGACAAAGUGUCAAACAUCUCCUGUUAGUAUCUGGAGAACGUACUUUGUUGCCAAUGAGUGGAAUGAGAUUCAGACCAUUCGCAAGAUCAGUCCCACUUUUCAGGUUAUCGCUGUGCUCUUCUUUCUGGAGGUGGUUGGCUUCUCAAACUUGGCUUUUAGGGACCCCUCGUCUAAUCUGCAUCGAUCUCCUGAAGUAUACACACCUCCCUACAGCCUUAUACUACGCUAUGGUGUAGCUUCUGCUAUGUGGCUAUGCAUUGGCUUAAUACAGAUAAUAUUCUUCACAGUGUUCCAUGAACGCUUUGUUGAAGAUAAGAUUCGCCAGUUUGUGGAUCUGUGCUCAAUCAGUAAUAUAUCAGUGCUUCUGCUGUCUCAUCGAUGUUUUGGCUACUACAUUCAUGGACGCUCUGUUCAUGGUCAUGCUGAUACCAACAUGGACGAGAUGAAUACAAACCUGAAGAGGGAGGCGGAAAAUCUGUGUGGCCAAAGAGGACUGUUGCCAAACUCAGACGCACAGACAUUUCAGAUUUCAAUAACCAACUGCCUACGUGCACAGUAUGAUCGGAUAAUUGAUCCAAUAAACAGGAGAAAUGGACCCUCAAGAUUGGUGGAUGCAUCAGCCAAUCCAUGUGAGCAGAGCACAAAAGCAUACCAUACCAUGAACCGUUUCCUGGGCUCGGUCAUUGAUCAUGCACAUCGUGAGAUGGAUUACAUAGUGAAAGAUAAGUUGCUUUUUGAGAGACUCAUCGGUAUGGAGUUCCUAGAGCCAUUGGAUAAAAGCAUCUUUUACAAUGAUGAUUCACACUCAUUUGCUGAUGUUCUUUAUUAUGGUAAUGAGGCUGUACUUUUGAUCUUUGACACACUCUUCUUCUGUGUGGUGGAUCUGGGUAGUCAGAACUUCAUUCUAGCAGCAGUGUUAACAUACCUCCAGCAACUGAUCUUUAGGCUAAUCCGAAAUGGAAUGGGCCGCAGGAACCUGGCCAACAAAACUUUGGUUGACAAAAGGUUUCUGAUCUAGUUUAUUUUCUUACUCUAUCUACUUAAUGUUGUUUAUACUGUAAUGCCUUUGUAGGUUUCUACAGACUUUUGUAUUGUUUUGUUUUAAAUGAUUGUUUGUUGUGCUGGACAUUUUAUACUUUCUCACCCUUGAGUUUAUCAAAUUUCUAAAUGUGGUUUAAAAAUAUGUUUAACCUUUUAUACCUAAAUGUUUUGGUAUUUAAAUGUUUUUGAUUAAUUAAAUCACUAUUUUGUUUUUAUGGAUGACUGCUUUUGUGAGUAUAUUUUACACUUUAUUUUAGCAUAUGUAUAGAUGUUGUUUUACGUAAUUGGAUUAUUGAUUACUUUCACUACAAUGCAUCUGUCAAAGUGUACAGAAUAUGUUACAUGUUUUAAAAAGUAAGAAUCUACUGUCAUGUUCUUCAAAAGCACACAAGCUGGACUUAUUAGGUUGUAAAUUGAUGGCAAAAUUAAGCUCAUGAGUGUGCCUAUCCUGCAGUACUAUACAUGCCACGUCACAUUGUUUUGGCUCUCUUAUAUCUGCUGUAUAUCUGCCAGUUUAUUUUGAAUAUUGCUAAAAAGUGACUGAGGAAUCUUUCAGGCCCCAGCGAAGAUCCCCUGGUUGACAAGACCAGUGCUCUAACCAAAGCUGGGGAACAAUAGUCUGUUUGAUGGGGUAAGAAAGGAAAAACAAUGGGAAAGGUGGGAGGAAGGAAAAGGAGAAGGGAAAAUAAAGAGCUCCCUGUGAUUUGUAGGCAAUUUUUGUAGAUAAAUAUUCAUAUUUUUUUUUUUUUUUGUGCAAAUGGAAGGUUAGAAUGCAGACAAGGAGGAACCCUGUUCAAGUUUUAUUAUUUUCCUGCAAAUUCUUCAAACAAUACCCCAUAAUGACAAUG